AUGCGCCCUAUUACAACAGCAUUGAGCAUCUCAGCAUUGGCUGCUGGUAUCCUCGUAUCAGCUGACAAAUAUCCUAAUAGCUUUGCCCCUGGGUGCACCCUUGUAAAAAGCAGCAUUUAUUGUUAUGGUGGAUCACCUUGGCCACUCGAUUACAACUUUAUCAAUGCAACCAACGUCUUUUAUUCGCUUGACGUAUCCUCCACGAUAAACACCCGUAACGACCAAAGCUCAUGGGUGCCUCUUGCAAACAACGGCACCAAUGCGCCAAAACCAAACAUGUUAUUUGGUAUGGCAGCUUUUGCUGAUUCAGAUACAUUCAUCAUGUCUGGAGGUACCGGUAUCGCCCAUGAAAACCAGGCACUUCCUCAACAAACGCUCGCAUACAACACCACCAGCAAGAGCUGGUCACCCAUCGACACAAGCUUGUUUGUUCAAACCAAACUCAACAUCUUGACUGUCAAUGCGGAAACCGGCAACAGCAUGUUUAUGUUUGGCGGAGUGGGCGACGUGUCAACAGGUUUUACGACGCCUGCAGAAAGGAGCAAAAAGCAAUAUCCUAGCCGACCCAAGCUUUUGAAUUACGGUAACAACGGGUGGACUUGGACAUAUGGCAAUGCGGCCAACCCAAAUAAUGUUAUCGUUGUGGGACGUGAACGUCAUACCGUUUCUCAAGGUAAAGACGGCCGCUUUUAUGUUCUUGGUGGACAAACAGCAACUCCCAACAAUGCCACACAACCAUGGCCAUAUGGAAUGGCCGAUGCCGAUAUGGACAACAUCCUUAUCUACGAUGUCAGCAGAGGAUGGACAAAGGAAAUGAUGACAGGUGACAUUCCCAGCAAACGAUGGCAUGCUUCUUCAGUUACAUUGAAUGAUGGUUCCAUUUUGCUGUAUGGUGGUGGCAAACCUGGAUGGGAAUAUACCACCAACAAUGAAAAGUACUUGGAGCCUGUGGAUGAUGUAGCUUACGUUCUCAAUACUCAAACCGGUCAUUGGGAAAAUGUCACACCUCGCAUUACAUCCAGUGGUACCAGUAAUCGUAUGGAAUUACAAUUUCAAAGAUUUGGACAUUCGAUGGUACGCGUAUCCAACAAUAUCGUAUUUAUUCUAUUUGGCCGAACAACCAGUAGCGCUUUAGCAGAAGGCUACCUGAUCCUCGAUACAAACAGCUGGACCUUGGUCGACAUUUUUGAUGGUGUAAAGUCACCAGGCGAUGCUCAAGGAAUGGAUGGUGAAACUCCAGACGAGGGUGGAGAUAGCCUUUCAGGUGGUGCCAUUGCAGGCAUUGUGGUGGGUGUCGUUGUUGGUGUCGGUCUCAUUGCUGGUAUCCUCGCCUUUGUCUUCAUACGCCGUCGUCGCAAUGCACGCCAACAAAAGCAGAGCAUUAUGAAUGCCAAUCCCUCGCACGAUGAUGAUUGGCAUCAUAAUUAUCCUCCUCAGCCUACAACACCUACCGAUGAUAUGUAUUCCUCUAGUAGUACUCAAGUUGGCGAAUCAAUGCCCCCUAUUUCUUCAGUCAUUUAUGGUGGAGAAGCCAUGAAACCGGAAAGCAAAGAUGCGCCACGCUUAAAACUCCAACCCGUCAAACCGGAUGGUGCGUAA